AUGGGGCAAGUAAAACAAAUUUUAAAAAUAUCAUCAGGUGCAUUUAGAUUGGAUAAUGCUCAGCGAGAUUUAAUUACAAUUGAUUUGUCCGAUUCUAUGCUAACCGAUAACAAUAUUGAAAUUAAUGCAUUUGAUACAAAAAACAAACAAAUUGAACUUCAUUUAGCAAUAAACUGGUGCAACGUUGACGGCUCAUAUGAUGGUCAAUAUGGCAUUGAUUAUUGGCCGCCAUCGCCUCCCGGCAAUUAUUCAGUGGUAAAGUGUCCACAAGGAGUGGGUCUAAUCCGAUGGAAAUGUAUGAAAAAUGGUAGGUUUGACAGCCGAGGACCCGAUCUUGAAAACUGUUGGUUGGAUAGUCUUUUAGUCGAUAAAAUUGAGACUAUUAACGAUGUCGUCGACACUUUGGAUAUAUUAAGAAAGGGAUGGAUGAACGGCACCGAUAGUCAGAGAUUACUUGCCGCCUCUCAACUAUUAAAAUUCAUACAAACUACCGCUUUCUCAACUAAUUGCUAUUUAAAUGAUACAAUAAAUACUAUAGAUAUUGUACAACCAGACCCGUUAACCAAAGAUCAGGUAUGUCAGCAAAAAACAAAAAUCGGUGCUCUUAUACAAGGUCUUGAAGAUAAUCUUAUUGGCGAUCAAACAAAUCAGCAACAAAUCAAUACACCAAUACUAGCAUUUAGUUUGAAUCCGUCACUAAAUAAUCAUCAAUUAUACGGCAAAUAUGUUAGUAUUAGUUUAAAACAUAAUAAUCGUCUUUAUUUGGGUGAUGAUAUCAAAUGUGUAUUUUGGGAUUUUAAUCAUCAGAAGUGGUCACAAGACGGCUGUCGACAUGUGAUCAGUCUAUCAAGUCGUGAGCAAACAGUUUGCAAGUGCGACCAUUUGACAAACUUUGCGGUACUGAUGGACACCAGUGGCCGAGAGACCGAUUCAUUGACAAAAAAUGUGUUAACACUAUUGUUUUGCUCGCUUUCGGUUAUAUGUCUUAUCCUAACCAUUGUUAUUAUUAUACGAAAAGAUUUGUUGCUUAAACUACGGAAGCAUCUGAUUGUUCUUAAUCUUUGUGUAUGUCUAUUGGUGGCAGACUUAUUGAUAAUGAUUGGUAUGGAUAGGAAUGAGUCUUUGAUUGUUUGUAGAUUCAUAUCUGCAUUACUAUUAUAUGCCUUAUUGUCUGCCUUUUUAUGGAUGUUAUUACAGUCAUUUCAAUUGUUUCGUACGGUUUACUUUGUAUUUAACAAUUUUAAAGCCUACGGUUUUUUUCUGUUUGCAUACGGAAUGCCGGUUCCCAUAAUUAUUAUCGGUUUGUUCAGCGUUUGGAAUAAUGAGGAACCGUUUGGUUCAGCACUUGUAGGCAAUGACUAUUUCUGUUGGAUAUCAUCGCCUAAAUAUCCCAAUAAUAUUUACAUCUUUUUAAGUCCGGCAAUAAUUGUUUUGGUUCUCAACUUCAUAUUUAUCGCAUGUCUAAUACAUAUAGUGAAAAAAGUAACGAAAUCUCCAAUAAAUAAGCGACAAUUGUUUGGUUUUUUCUUAUUAGUCCUGAAUUCAGGCAUUACUUGGACUUUAUUUGUAGGUUAUAUGAAUAGAUUGACGACAUCUCCUAAUGCAUUGUCAUUUGUUUUUAUUAUUUUAAACGGUUCACAUUAUAACAACUAUUUAUCGACUAAACUGCAAAACUAUCCAAACAGUGACUAUGACUUAUAUAAAGCUUAUUCAUCCAUUUCUAAACUACAAGUGCUCGCAAUUAAUUUGAAUAGUGAUGUCAAACAUAAUAUACCAGACUAUGCAUUCAUUAGCGAUUCAAUAACUAGUGUUACAUUUAAUGGCAAUUAUCGUAUAGAAAAUGUUGGAAACUAUGUGUUUUAUAGUGUCAAACAUAUUAGAUAUAUUAAUAUUGAAGUUAUUAGUGUAGAUCACAUUAAUAGACACGCAUUUCAAGUGCAAACUUGUUUACAGUGUAAUCAACUUAUUAUCAAAUUACAGUCAUUGCAAUUGAAUGAUCAGACAGUAGACGUGGGUGUGUUUGAUAUUAAAGGUCGCACAGUUAUCUUAGACAUAGCAUAUAAUAAGUUUGAGUUUAUCGACGAACAUAUAUUCCGACCGUUUUUGGAUAACAAUCCGUCAAAUAUUAUCAACUUUGAGGGCAAUCGUCUAAACUGUGAAUUAAAAUAUAAAUACCGAUUUCGAUGGCUUUUAAACAACAAACUGAGUGAUUGGCCAUUGAGCUCACGUAUUCAAAACGCCCGGUGCAGUAAUGGUUCAUCCAUUUGGGACUUGAAUUGGCAUUAUUGUGAUUACAAUUUAGACUCUCGUAAUCUGUAUUGUGAAUCACUAACAGAUGUCGAUAUUGGGCAAGAGUUUGACCGAUUGGACACUGAACUGUCCAAUCACUCAAUACUAUUUGAAUCGCUUGUGUGGUCUGGCCCUGUAAUGGAGGGAUUACUACCUAAAAAUGUAUUCAAAAGUUUACAAAUCAGUCAAAUUAAUUUUAAAUCAACAAAUUUACAGCGCAUACAUACCGAUGCUUUUAGAGGUACAUCACAGCAUAGUAUUAUUGAAUGGAGGAUAUCGUCGUCCCCAACAUUAUUAGUCAACUAUCCCAACACCGACUAUGAUCUGUUCCGGGCGUUUGCAUCGAUAUGUUCACUAAUAUUAUUGGAAAUCAAUUUUGAGAGAUAUAUAUCUCAUGAAAUACCAGACUAUGCGUUCAAUACAUCAAACGAUUGUUUGCAAAACUCAUCGCAACUCAAGUAUAUAUUGUUUGCCGGACAAUACAAUAUAUCCCGUGUCGGCGAUUAUGCCUUUUAUAACUUAACCAAUUUACGGAUAGUUGACUUUGCUUAUGUAGAAAACAUAUAUUGGAUAUCUGUUAAUGCUUUUCAAUUUAAUCAAGAUAUUCAAUGUUUUCUGCCAACUGAUCUAUUGUAUAUUAAUUUAUACGACAGUCAAUUAAGCGACAAUGAAAUAGCACCGGGAGCUUUCAAUAUUAAAUGCAAAACUUAUUGA